UGAGGGGAAAGGCGGAAUUCCCCUCACAGACUGAAUGAAAGCAGAGCAAGAGGAGGAACUUUCUCCUUUCAUGGAAAACGAGGGACGACACAAACUACUGUAUGCUGCUUUUAACCCUGAAGUCCGACUGAACAGAUUAGUACAAUGUUCCAGCAGCUGUUGGUGAAAGAAGAGGUCCCCCCUGAGUUGAGCCCCAGCCUGGACCAGAAGGACCCAGAGCUCCUCCAGGUUAAAGGGGAACAGGAAGAACUGCGGAUCAGUCCAGAGGGAGAGCAGCAUAAUGGUCUGGAGGAAGCCAAUAUCACCAGGUUUCCAUUCACUGUGGUUAUUGUGAAGUGUGAAGACGAAGAAGAGAAAUGUUCACUGCUUCAUCACAGCCAAGUGGAGGACAACAGAGAGGCAGAGCGUCCAGCCAGCAGCUCAGCUGUGCAGAUAAAACCAGAAACUGAUGGAGAGGACUGUGGAGGAUCAGAACCAGCCAGGAAGAGAGAGCCAGACAGUCAUUCACAACCAAACACUGAUGAUGAAAAGACUUCAGUCUCUCCUGAGACUGAAAUCCAUUACGAUGACUGGCAAGACCCUUUGUCAGAUUCUGAACCUGAACCUGAAGACAGUGAUGAUGAUUGGAUGGAGACCAGGUCACCUGAGUCUGCUGUGAAUGCUCUGAAAUAUGAGGAAGCUCCUGUAAGUGAUGUGACAUCUAACACUGAGAAAACAUCCUCAAGAUCCUUUGAGUGUAGUCAGCGAUUGUCCAACAAGGGGUUUCUCCAAAGUCACAGGAAAUGUGAGUCCUCCAGCAGCUUGGAUAGUAAAAAAUGUUUUGGAGUAAAGCAAAAGGGAGACACAAAGACCAGAGUCCCCUCAGGAGAGAAACCAUUUACUUGUGAUGAAUGUGGGAAAAGAUUUACACAGAAGGGAAAUCUGAAGUCACACAUGAGAACUCACACAGGAGAGAAACCAUUUGGUUGUGAAGAAUGUGGGAAAAGAUUUUCACAGCACACAAGUGUGAAGAAACACAUGACAGUACACACAGGAGAGCAGCCAUUUGGUUGUGAUAUUUGUGGGAAAAGAUUUACACAGCAGGAAAGUCUGAAGAAACACAUGAGACUUCACACAGGAGAGAAACCAUUUGUUUGUGAUGUUUGCAGUCAAAGUUUUAUAUGGAAGUACCAGUUGAGUUUACACAUGACAGUUCACACAGGAGAUAAACCAUUUGCUUGUGAUGAUUGUGGGAAAAGAUUUAUAGAAAAGGGAAGUCUGAAGAAACACAUGAGAGUCCACACAGGAGAGAACGCAUUUGGUUGUGGUGAAUGUGGGAAAAGUUUUGCACAGCAGGAACAGCUGAAUAGACACAUGAGAGUUCACACAGGAGAGAAAUUAUUUGGUUGUGAUGUUUGUGGAAAAAGAUUUACAGAACAGCUCCACUUGAAUAGACACAUGAGAGUUCACACACAAAAGAAACCAUUUGGUUGUGAUGUUUGUGGAAAAAGAUUUAAAUGGGAAGUAAGUUUAGAUCAACACCUGAAAGUCCACAAAUAAUAGAAAUCUUCCUUUUCAGUUUUUUGUUGAAGGCAAAUUAAUUAAAUGUGUUGGUAAGAGCCUGACCAGGUUUCAUUCUUUUUUAUUUUUCCAUGCCUUUUAUUUCUUUCCUUUGUUUGUUUUAAAAUAUGCAAAAUGUUUCAAAUGAAUGUGUCAAAGUUGUUUGUAAAUGAGAGGGAAUGACAGUGUUUUAAAUCUCUGUUUUUUUAUUAAUACUUUGUUUGGUACUAAAACACUUUAAUUUACAUCUCCCAUACUUUUUUCUGUAGUUUUCUUGAAAUAAGCUGUAUUUGACAGCAAACUCUCUAACUGAUGGUUAACAGUGGGGAAAGUGCAUUAUUUCGUUGCCACUUUUCAUUAAAUUCUCCUCUAACCUUGA